UGGAGUAGGGCCAACUGGUGUUUUUGUUAUCAGCAGAGUUACUUUGGACAUUCAUGCUUGCCAAAGCAAAAGGGAGAGAAUAUUGUAGUUUUUAAACAAAUGAGGGAAAAGAAUGCAUUGCCAACUCUAGUUGAAGCCAUAAGGUAGACUUGAUCCCUUGAGCUUUCUUCUUCUUCUUCUCCGAUCCUUUUCUGGUUCUCUUUUAUCUGUUGCAUAUAUAUACAUUCCUGUUUCUUUUCUGUUCAUGCAAGAUCCAAACCAGACAACACCAGCAAGGAAAGCUUGGUACCAAAGAGCAAUGGAGAUGGCACUUUUGUGCAAAACCAUUGCAUCAAAGCCAAGUGAAAUCCCCACAACCAGAAACACUACUACAAUCUGGAAACCAGCUGAUCAGAUAAUUUCCAACAAUAAGCACAAGGUAAAAAAAUGCACCAUACUAAGUGUGACAACUUCCCUCACUAGAGUCUGUCUAUGCGUCCCAAUUUCUUCCUACACCUACGUGCCGCCGGUCCUCCAAGCCGACAUAGUUUCAUCAUCAACCUCAACCAACAGGACUAGUACUAGCAGCAUCUACCUAAGAGCCAAGCCCCCACCACCAACCCCCCACCAAACACUCCUCCUCGGCGGCCGAGCCGCCACGAUUGCCUUGGAGGGAAGGAGAGUUUUUCGCGGGAAAUCAUUGAGGGAUGAUGUUCUUAUGAGGAGGUUUGUGAUUGAAGAAGAAGCAAUGUGGCAGGUUAGGAGGAGGAAUGCGAUGGAAGUUAUUAGGAGAAGAAAUGGCAUUAGGAGCAGGACACAGCUUGGUCCUAGUCCUCUUAGUAGAAUGGUUUUAGCUGAGUCGUAGUUUGAGCUCGAGAGGCUAGGAUGUAUACUCUCAUACUCAAAAUUUUGAUGUUGACAUUUUUACUGUAGUCCAUAUAAAAUAAUAGCUUAUCAAUGACUGUCACAUCAAAGAGUAAAAGUGAGAGAGUAAGAAUGGAAAGUCGUACAUGCAAUAUAACUUGUAUAUUAAUUCUUAUGACCA